AUGGCCCCAUUCUCAUCAUUGAGGAGAUCGCCCCGCGGUCUAAAGAAUGAACACCGGGGCGUUGGAGAUGACGUCAAGAUCCCAAACAGCCCGCCAUCGCAACAACAGGAAGGCAUUCAGCCCGACAAUAGCUCGGGCGCGGCGGAUGGCACGAUCAAACGACGACGAGGCUCGUUCAUCAAGAAAGAUCUGUUGCACAACCUCCGGAAUCGAUUUACAGGGAAGCCGGCCCUUCUGCGGGGAUCAAGCUCUCAGGAAGAAGAGGUUCCCGGGCUCUCAACCACAACGUCCACAACACCGUCGGCCCCUCCGCCAAUUCCGGUGAAUCCGAACAAGCCGCUACCAUCGCCACCUCCUCCGGAAAGCGAGCAGACCAGGAAACCGCCGGGCAAAGUCCCUCUCAAGACCCGCCGCAUCAUGUCCAUUCUCACCGAGUCCGACAUUGAGAAGCUUUUCUCGGGGGCCCCGCAAUACUUCGCCCGGUCUGAGGGGCAUUACACCGGGGCGCCGCACCCCUCGGUGGCCUUCCCAUGGGACGAGAAGCUGGAGAUCAGGGACCUCGCCGACCACUCGCAAAUUGAGGACAAGGCAUGGAGCUCUGUCACAGCAUGGCCCCAUAUCACUCGCGAUGUGAGCAGUGACCGUUCUGCCGCCCAGCGAGCUUCCGAGGCGAAACAACGGGCUCACUUCUACCCGCGAUGCCGCGAGCGGCCGAACAUGCUGAGCAUGUUUGGGCUCGAAAAGGGGAGUGUCGGGUACCAGGCUGCGCUCGAAUUGGCUGUGAGCGAUGCCCUGCAGGACCAACAGUGGGGGUUUGAACAGUUGGGAACGAGAUUGCCAGCUAUCGUUGACCAGCGCCAAAGAAUGCUCACUUCCAAGAACGGCCUACGGCACGUCGAGGAGAGCUUGAUCAUGGAUCGACUAAUUAAAAAUGGGGAGAGAUAUGGGGGGAACUUCCCGUUUACGGAGCAGAGGCCAAGCGAGCUUUACAACGAGCUCUUCCUUCACCUCCUCCAUCCGCCGGCAAAGCCGUUGGAUCCCCGUGACCCUUACAACCUUUCAGUCCAGAUCCUAGCCUUGGUCAAGGUCCUCGCCGCACCGAAUAUGUGGAUCGACUUCUCGCACCCGGAAUGGCGCAUUCGAAUCGGCCAGCUCUUGUGGGAAACCCCAGGGGAGGACAACAAGGAGGAUGGGUCAUCGACCAAACCAGCAGACUCCUCGAGCGAUGUUCACGAGGAACGGUAUUGGUUGUUUCUACAAAUUUUACUGGCCUGCGAACUGCUUGUCCGGCUGGAUGCGAUCACUGAAGGUGAUGAACUCGGUGUUGAGACGAUUCGGCCGGCUGAAAUACACAGGUUCGAAAAGGAAGCAAGCCAGGCCGUUAAGUGGUCACUAAUUCUGGCGCGAGUAUGGCUUGAGAACAUCGAGAUCAUCAAAACCGCGGCCAACACACCAGCAAAUGCCAACGAGAAACCGUCAGGCUGGCUAGCUACCCUAACGAAGCACAUGUCGCUAGCGCGUGAUCAUAGCUCAGAAACGGGCCACCAUCACCACCACCCCCAUCAACUAUGUCACUGCGCGCCCGCCUACGCCAUUAGGGGGAAACAUGUCCGACGACAAGUCCGCGGUCUGGCGCACUUUGCUAGACGACUGAAGUGGCCCGAGGCAAACUCAUGCGUGUCUGAGAUUGCCGAGAAUUGCCGCUCUAUAGUGGACGGGAGUCCACUGAAUACCCCUUUCGCGAGUCCGAGCAGCCGGGCGGGCAGCCAACGUUCGUCAUACUUUGGGGGGCAAAACGGGAGCUCGCAAGGGCAGUAUACGCCAUCUCGGAGAAGGAAAAUAUCGGCCGCUCUCUAUCCUUCGGGCUGGCUAUCCAAGAGUUAUGUGUCCGGGCUGAUGUUGCCCGGGGAAGGCAUUUGCCAUUUCUUGAUGGCUACCCUGCUAGAGAACGACGCGGCGGCCCUCUCAAAACUAGGACCCAUGGCCAAUCUGUGCGGCGGUUUCAUUUACUCAGGAAAGAGUUUCUGGAGCACGUCGUGUAUUGUUGGUCGAGUUUUGUGUGCCGGAAAGGGCGCCGUGGAGUGUAUGGGCUGGAUAUCCAGCGAUGUCGUUCCACAGGGCCUUGGUGAUCGCUGGGUAAAUAUCGAAGGAGAAGAAACUCGUGAUGACGCACUUCAAAUCGACAAAAAGGCUCGCCUUUGGGGCAAGAAAGCAAUCGAAAAAGAAUCCAGCGUCCUUGGCAGUACAGAUCCCACAUCUACUCUUCCAGCCGACUUUAUCAUCCCUUACGAAGGUGUCUACCCAGACAACCCACCGCCUACCCUGGAUAUUGAGCUGAGGGGAUUAAACCUUGCUGUGUUAACCGAGCCUAUUGGCACGGCUUCUACGGAAGGUUAUGAAGUCACCCCAACAUCGGAUCUUAGUAGCGACGGCCAGGCUUCGGAAAUCCGUACAUACUCCGCGGCCGUAACCUUCACGGUAACCGAUAUUGACUUGGAAGAGUCAACGGAGCACACUUUUACCUUGAUCAAGGAUAUCAACUUUGUGACAGCGCACCCAUGUGUGCCCUCUCAACAUGUAAAAGUCGUAAAGUCGCCCUCCAGCCCUACCAUUCAGCAGGUUAAUCUCCCCGGUGACUCCUUCUCAGGCAAAACAGUCAGCGUAGUCGGCCAUCCUCUGCACAAAUUCUUCACAUACAUGACACUCCAUUUAUCCGAGCUACUCGCAAAGCGCGAAUUUACGUUAGAAAAGUUACUCAGUAGUUACUCACCAACCGGCCACAGCGUUGCCCCUUCUCAACUUGACAGCGCAGCCAAAGUACUGGUGGUCGACUGCAUCACAGGCUUCCAGCCACAACCACAGGAACACGAAAUCCCGCUCUCGCCCGUCGUCAGCCGGACGGAUAGUAACACAUCUGACGUGUCGGUGUCGCCCAGUUCGUCCAAUGUUACAAUCAAUGGAAAUGGCGACGGUGACGGUGGCGCCGGAGGUGGAGGACCAAGCAACAGCGUUUUUGAAGGGGCGCUGGAGAGUGCGUCGAAGAAGAUGCACUCGGAAACACGGCGGCGGCAGUUCGGGUCGGACAUGGAGAUACUCGUCAGGGCGUUAUGUGCUGAGAAGGGCUGGAACGCACUGAUCAGUCGGCGCAGGAGGGGCUGUCUAGGGUGUGCCAUCCGUGAAGCCGGGGCACUCGGGUGGAAGGUUGUUAUCCGUGUAGACUAG